ACACAACUUCGAGAGAUCUGUCCAAAAGUAAAAUGGUGAAGGCAGGAUCGAUAUUGACAUGCGAAGAAGCACAUUGACGAAACCGAUCGUUCUCCUCUCGAUCGCACUGUUGAGCACCGUGCUCUUCUUCGCAUUCUUCUUCGAGGACAAGCCGUACUCUUCUUCUUCGCAGAACCCAGACUCUAUGGCUCGAACCUUCAUCUUGUGGCUUCACGGGCUUGGAGAUUCCGGACCUGCCAACGAACCCAUCAAGUCACUUUUCAAGUCCCCGGAGUUUAGCAACACUAAGUGGCUCUUCCCAUCCGCUCCUCCAAAUCCAGUCUCCUGCAAUUAUGGUAUGGUCAUGCCUUCUUGGUUUGACAUCCGUGAGCUUCCUCUUACAGCGGGUUCUCCGAAUGAUGAAAGCAGCGUGCUUGAAGCAGUUAAGAACGUUCAUACCAUUAUAGAUAAGGAGAUUGCUGGAGGAAUCAAGCCAGAAAACGUGUAUAUCUGUGGAUUUAGCCAAGGAGGGGCAUUAACCUUGGCUAGUGUUCUGCUUUACCCUAAAACUCUUGGAGGAGGUGCAGUCUUUAGCGGAUGGGUUCCAUUCAAUUCUUCAGUCAUCAAUCAGUUUACCAAAGAUGCUAUAAAGGUGUUUCUAUCUGUUGUUCUAUUUUUGUUUUUGUUUUCUUGUCAAAUGUUGACUUUUCUAAUCAUAUGUAGACACCAAUCUUGUGGUCUCAUGGGAUUGAUGACAAGACUGUACUAUUCGAAGCUGGUCAAGCAGCUCUUCCUUUCCUUCAACAAGCUGGUGUUACUUGUGAAUUCAAGGCAUAUCCUGAUCUUGGACACUCAAUCAGUAAUGAGGAGCUUCAGUAUCUGGAGUCAUGGAUCAAACAAAGGAUGCAGACUUCUUCUUCUUCUUCUUCUUAAAAGCUUUUGAGAUCGAGUUUGUUUGUCCAACUACUCUUCAGUUAUCUAUUUGCUUAACUGGAUGAUAAGAAGAUUGUGCAACUAUGAUUGAACAUAUGGAAAUGAUGUUUCAACUUUGUCGAUUUAUCAGCAUAAUCUAAAUGACAUUUUCUACAACAAA